UGUUGCGUAUUUCCGGUUUAGGUUAUUGCGUCCAUGCGCCUGACACGGUGAAUUGUUCAGUAAAGCUCACGGGUGAACCACUCCGAGUAGAACUACAGCUACAAUGUUUAAACUGGAAGGACUCGGACCCAAAAUGGACCCAGAGGAGAUGAGGAAGAAAAUGCGACAAGAUGUAAUCGCGUCUUUACGAAACUUCCUUAUUUACGUCGCUCUGCUCAGAGCCACGCCGUAUGUGUUAAAGAAGCUGGACAGCAUAUGAGCGGAGCAGCUGGUCACCUCCCUCCAUUCACAGAGAGCUGAUUGCAUCAGAGAUGGCAUGGAUCUCCAGAAGCAGACGGCUGGAUCCAUUACAGCAUCAGUGGAAAAUUACCAGCAUUUGUCCAUCACUGCAGUGGAGAAACCAGCUCGUGCACAUUCAGUUUUGUUCCACGUUGUGAACUUUUUUUUUUUUAAAUGAUUAUUAUUAAAGCACUGUCAUUCUUUCUUAUAUCCAUGUUUUGUCUUUAAUAGUGUUUCUUCCAGAUGUCAUAAUAAAGUCAAACCAUGUUUA